GGAUAUUCCUCGCGGCUCCUGAAGGGGAAACAUGGCUCUGUGCAGCAGAACCUGGGCCCUCCUGCUGGUUCUGGUCGUGGGGCACUGGGCGAUGGUAGAAGCGCAGCACGGGUGCCAGGCGCACCAGUGCAACUUUGUGUGCGACUGUCUGGACGAGCAAAACUGCAGCGACGAGCAGAACUGCGGCUACAGCAGGGGCUUUGUGUGUGAUUUUGAGGACCCGGCCAUGUGUGGCUGGGAGGACCAGUCGGAGAGCCCGCUGUACACCUGGGAGAGACGGCAGCGUGGAGACAGGCUGCCCGACAGCGGACCGUCCUCCGACUACACCACUGGCACCUCUGCAGGGUGGUUCAUGGGCGUGACGUCGGUGAGCACAGAUGACCUCACGACGGCCGUGCUGGUGUCUCCCGUGAUGAGCCAAUCAGCACUCACGUGCCAGCUGAGGCUAAGAUACUUCAUCUGGGACUCAGGCUACACGGGGCUGGACGGGGGUGCGCUGUGGGCGUCGGUGCAGCGGGUGGACGGGGUGCAGGCCGUGGUGUGGCGGCCCCCGACCUCCAGUUUUCGGGGGUGGAGGGAGGACACCGUCUACCUGGGCCGCGUCUCCGAGGGCUUCCGUCUCCGCCUGCACUCCCGCCGAAACCGCGGUCGCCGCGGCGACGUCGCCGUCGACCAGCUGGAGUUCCUGAACUGCGGCCUGCCCGCCGCUCAGCAUGGGCACUGUGCAGGGGGUGCUCUGCAGUGUCAGAGGGGGAACUGUGUGGAGCCGCACCAGGUCUGCGACGGCUCUGACGACUGCGGGGACGGGACGGAUGAGCUAAACUGCGAUGGAUAUUGGGGCUGUGACUUCGAGGAAGGACUCUGCGGGUGGGACCUGAGGACGUUUUCCACGCUGAAAUGGAACCGGACCAGUCAGGACAGCCUGUCUGCGUCCCCCUUUGAACCCAAAGUCGGGCCGGGCCGAGACCACAGCACCAACACCGCCUCAGGUUCCUUCCUAUACCUCACCAAGCCAGAAAGCAUGACGAACGAUUGGUCACAUUUUCAGAGCCCUGUCCUAGAAGCGACCAAUGACACGCAUCCAUGCCAGAUGGUGCUGUACACACACCAGUUCGGGCCCAGGUCGGGCGGGCUGUCCGUGUUGGUGGUGGAUGGGGAGAUGUACCCCGUGUGGGAACGGGGAGGACAGCUGGGGGACCUCUGGGUGAAGGCGGAGGUGGAGUUCGUGGUGAACGUCACCUUCCAGAUUGUGCUUGUGGGUGCCAUAAGGGAUGAAGAGUUUGGCGGGAUCGCGGUGGACAGCAUCGUGAUGUCGCCAGGUUGCCGGAUUGCCAACGAGUCCUCCCCGGGGGUGACUUUCCCCAAGCCCCCCGGCCACCCCUGCACCUCCAGUGAGAAGAUGUGCGACUUUCACCCGGACUGUGAGAACUCUGAAGACGAGGCCAAGUGUGGAGACUUCUCCUACGCUCAGGGCAUCACUGGCUGGGCUGAUGCCAGCAUAGGGACACAAGGCUGGUCUCAGAACCUAACACAGAAUGGGUCCUCACAAGGUGCUUACCUGUAUGUGACAGAGUUCCCAGGGCAGCAGCUGAGUGAGGCUCGAGCUCGGACUCCUCUCCUGGGCCCGUCCGGCCCUGCCUGCGCUGUGGAGUUCUCCUACAGUCUGACCGGGAACAGCUCCCACAUCGGUGAGCUGUCCGUCAAUGUGAUCGAUGGGGCGCUGGGGACCCGGUCUCGCCUGUGGGGGGUCACCGGGAAGGCGGAGGGGGAGUGGCCGAAAGCGGGGGUGUACAUCGGCGCUCGGGACCCCCGCUUCCAGGUGGAACUGGAGGCUCUCUCCCAGUACGAACACGCUCAAAUUGCCGUGAAGGACAUCCGCUAUUUGAACUGUCACUCGGGUUAUCUGCCAGCUGUUGGCCAAGACCUGUUCUGCAACUUUGAGACGGAUAAUUGCAACUGGUAUCAGGACCAGACUGACAACUUUGACUGGAAUCUGAUAAAUGGAAUGGACCACACAAUAGGCGUUGGUAGAAGUCUGGUUGUGGACAUGUGGAACUCCUCUCUGCGAGGGCUGUCCGGCCGCCUGUUGUCCUUCCCCCAGCUCUCCACUCAAGGCGAAUCCUGCCUGUCCUUCUUCUACAAACUCUAUGGCCCACAAACAGGCUCCCUCAGCGUGAAGCUGCUCUCGGGCGGGGCCGAGGUCCUGGUCUGGACUCGCAGCGGUGCCCAUGGCAACCAAUGGCACCAAGGAAAUUGCCCCAUCCCCCACCAGCACAUCAGAUUUCAGGUUGUCUUUGAGGCGAUUCGCUCGGGGUUUGACGGACAGGUGGGGAUAGAUGACGUGUCGCUUCGGGCCAGACCCUGCCCAGGGCCGUUGGCUUGCUCCUUCGAGGGCCAGACCUGUGGCUACACCUCCUCUGGCUCCUCCCCCUGGGUACACCAAAACAAAAUCUCUGGCGGGGUCAGGCACGGCCCCAAAUCUGACCACACCCUGGAGACAGACCAAGGGUACUAUAUGAUCACGGACAGCAGCGCAAACUUCCUUCCUGAGGGUCAUGUGACGACACUCACCUCCCAGCCCCGCGACAGAGUCCCCAACACAGAGUGUGUCCGUUUUUGGUAUCACAUGGGGGGAGAAAAGCCAGGCACUCUGAAUGUGUAUGUAAAGUCUGGUGACAAGAGGACAAAGAUCUUCUCUAACAGUCUGAACCAGGGGGACGCCUGGCGCUAUGCCAAUGGAAACAUCAGCGCCUCUGAGGUCUGGCAGUUGCAGUUAGAGGUGGUGGGGGCAGGCGGCACACAGACACACGUUGCCGUUGACGACAUCAUCAUCUCAGCCCGCAGCUGUCCACCACCAGACACAAAGUGUACUCUGGAGAACGGUCUGUGUGACUGGUCCAACACCCAAUCUGGGGAUCAGCUGGACUGGGAGGUGACCAGCCCAGCGCAGGAGAAACACUACUCCACUCCGCCCCUCGACCAUACCCUGCAGUCAGAGAGAGGUCACUUCCUGCUCCUUCCCAGCAGCACCCGGGACACGGCAGGUCAGGCGGCGUGGCUGCUGAGCCCUCACCUGCCACCCACGCUGGGCACCUGCCUGAGGUUCUGGGUUCACAAACCUGCCUCCCAUGACGGUGGCCUGGUGGUGGUGAGGCUGUAUGGGGAGGCUCGGGAAGAGCUGCUGAGUGUGGGAGAGGUCAGCGAAGCAUGGCGACGCUUUGACAUCGACAUCGUCUCUAAGGAGGAGUACCAGAUUGUGUUUCAGGGUGCGAAAGGGAAGAGCGGUCCGUUGGCUCUCGAUGAUAUUCAGUACACGCCAGGAGUCAGCUGUGCGGGAGAGAACACGGACCCAGAGUCCCCGCCCCCUUCUGACGACAAGGGAGGGAUCGCGGCAUCAGUCGUUGUGAUGCUGCUGCUGGUGAUCACCCUGGCUGCCCUGCUGGUGUUUUACCUGCGCAGGCGGGGGAGUCCUUGCACCCAGGGGCAGGCCAAGACAUCAGCGAGCUGCGGCAUCGCCAACGAAGCAUACGACCCCAGCACCGCAGACCACGUGUCGGUGCCCCCCAUUGACAGGAAACCGGAAGACGGCUUCGCCAGCGUUUCAUAUUCGACGGAUUCAGAGGAGCGAGAGAUUGUGUAGAGGGAGAGAGAGAGUCCACUGGCACCAUUGUGACAUCACACCUGGAGAACUGCUCGCGCUCACGUCGCACCUCGACUAGCUAGACGCACGCACGCACGCACGCACCGCUACAAAUUCAGAUCUCUGCGUCUGCAUACUGUAUAACGUUCGGAGAGGCACUGAUCCUCUCCCGUCUGGAUUACUGCAGCUCCCAACUCCUUGCUGGCCUCCUUGCCUCUGCCACCAGACCUCUGCAGUUCAUCCCGAAUGCGGCUCACCAAACAAGAUUUACAGUCUUCCCAGUCUCAGCCAUGAAACUCCCCUUUUUAUCUUCCUCCACUGGCUCCCUGAAUCACCCGUGUUGGUUCACGUGAAAUUCAAAACCUGGUGGUGGAACGAGCUUCCCACUGCAGUCAGGACGGCAGCAGAAACCCUGGCCAUCUUCCGGUGCAGAAGGAAGACUCACCAUGGCUCCCCUGAACAUCUUUAGCUAACCUUUCUUUUUCUCUUUCUUUCUUUGAAUUUCCUUUUGGGUAAUGUUGUAGUUGUAACCGUGUAAUGGUAGGUUAUCUGUCAACUGGUGCCUUCUUUCGUUACAAUGCAAAUGGUUUUUUGUUAGGUUAACAUUAGACUCAUUGAUUUUUUUAAUGGCCUUCUGUGAAUUCUUGGUGAUACAGCAUUUUUGUAUCCUUGGGUGGCAAAAAAUGUACUCCAUGUUCGUAUGUCACUCUGGAUAAGAGUGUCUGCCAAGUGAUUGCAAUUAAUGUAAUGUAAUACAAUUUGGUUUGAACAAUGACAGAGAUCUAGUAGAGGUUCUGCUUGCUUUUUCAAAAUGUCAGUCCAUCUGUUGAGAAAUGAGCAACAAUGUGUGUUGAGGAAUCUGUGUGUGUGUGUGUGUGUGAAAGAGAUAUACAAACCCUAUACCAAUGACCUGCCAUUCCUCCUUGCUUACAUUUUAUAAUGCAUAAAUUUACAUGUUCUUGAUUAAAGCAAACUGAACUUUAA